CUAGUGGACGGAACGCUUCUUUCAUCAGCAGCAACAGCUCGUCAGACACCUCGGUAGCUUGCUAGACAAAUAGCCGAACCAAUAAAGCUCUUUAGACGCUUUCGUGUAUAUUAGCCACUGUGUUUUAAACCCAUUUCGGUCGUCUAGUUAGUUAUCCGAUUUAAUUUCAUAUUUACGGUGUAGUUAUUAUUAUUCAGCUAGCGGGGUGGUUAAGUUAGCAUUAGCCUAGCUAACAUCCCCGACCAUGCGCUCACUAAGCUAUUCCCCAGUUUUAAACCCACUUCUGUCGUCUAGUUAGUUAUCCAAUUUAAUAUUUACGGUGUUGUUAUUAGUCAGCUAGCGGGCUGGUUAAGUUAGCAUUAGCAUAGCUAACAUCCCCGACCAUGCUGUCACCAAGCUACUCUACUUCUAAUGAAGAGAAGGAUAUCACAGUAAAACAAGAAGUAGAGAGUGGGGCAGUUACUGUGAAAGAAGAGGAGGACGCGUUCAGAGUGAAAGACGAGGAAGAUAUCACAGUAAAACAAGAAGUAGGGAGUGGGGCCUUUACUGUGAAAGAAGAGGAGGACGCGUUCAGAGUGAAAGAGGAGGAUGCAGUUUAUGGCGUGAAAGAGAAGGGGGAGGAGAUUACUGUUACAUCGAAAAAGGAGGAAGAGGAGGAACCUGGAUAUCUGGACCCGUUUUCCCAAACGCAUCUUAAGGCAUCCAAUGGUUCAAACGAAGAAUUUAGCCAUAAGAUGGUUUUGAGAAACCGUUCCCUGAUUGACACUAGAGAGAGACGUGACCAUCGUGGAUCCUCUGGGGAGCCUCAACAACCUCAUGAUUCUGAGGAGACAGAGAAGAGUCUCUCCAGAUCAGAACACCUCAAUAAACACCCGCGGAGACCCACAGGGAAGAGAACUCACUGCUGCUCUGACUGUGGGAAGAGAUUCACAUCAUCAGGCAUUAAAAUUCAUCAGAGAACACACACAGGAGAGAAAGCUUAUAGCUGUGGUCAAUGUUGGAGGAGUUUUACAACAUUAAUCUCUCUGAAAGUACACCAGAGAACACACACAAGAGAGAAACGUUAUAGCUGUGAUCAUUGUGGGCAGAGUUUUGCUUAUGCUUGCCAUCUGACUCAACACCAGAGAAUACACACAGGAGAGAAACCUUAUAGCUGUGAUCAAUGUGGGAAGAGAUUUACUUCAUUUGGCAAUCUGACUCAACACCAGAGAACACACACAGGAGAGAAACCUUAUAGCUGUGAUCAAUGUGGGAAGAGUUUUGUUCAAACUUGCCAUCUGACUCAACACCAGAGAACACACACAGGAGAGAAACCUUAUAGCUGUGAUCAGUGUGGGAAGAGAUUUACUCAGUCACACAGCCUGAUAUACCACCAGAGAAUACACAGGAUUGAAAUCUCAUAGCUGUGACCAGAGAUAAUCUGAUAAAAGAUCUGAUCAAAUAUUAGAAAAAACAUACAUGAAGAAGUUAUUUCAUGAUUUCAAUGAAUUAAUGUCACAAUGUAGAAUUUUUUAACAUUGUAGUAGGAGUAUUGUAAUGAUUUCACAAUGUAGAAGCCUAACCGUUUGCCCACUUAUGAAUUGAUAUCAACAUGUUAUGGAUAUUAGCCUCAGGGGAAAAAUCCAGGCUCUGAAAUGGAAGAGUACUAUUUGUGAAUUAACAAAAAUUGACAAACAAAUUAAAUUAAGGAAAAAUCCAAGAGGACGAGAGUUCUAGAAGCAAGUGAGUUGUAAAUAGAAAGAAAAAGGAGAAAAAAAUAACAUGAUUCUUUAUUAUUAUUUAGGAAUAGGUGUUUUUUCUUGUUUUUAAUUGUUGACAGCCAGUAGACACCAUGUUUAUAUUGGUGAAGGUGAAGCAGUGUAGUUGAUUAUAAUGUGAAAUGGAAGUUGUUUUCUGGUGGUGGUGAGCAAACGUGUCCAACACAAAUAUAGGAUAUAUUUGUUGUCUUAAGGGGGAAGGUGUUCCAGGCUUUGGUUUUUCCAUUUAUGUUUUGAGGUUGGACUUUAGCACGUCUAUCUCGUUAGCACGUAGGACGCACUGAUUGGUGUCACCUCAUUAGUCAGUAUGUGUUACACCUGUGCUGGCUUGUCCAUCUCGUUAGUGAGAAGGUUUUUCACCUGAGCUGGUCCAGGUUCUAUUUAAGAGUGUCUGGCCCAGUGCUCCAGUUGUCUUGAUAGAUGUGGAGAGUCAACACCUUUUAGUUGCUCCACCGUUUCCUAUUAAAGAUGUUUUUCAUUUCAGGUUGAA